AUCGAUAUAUCGUUUCCAUCUCUAAUAUGUAAAAAAAAAAUACGUCUCGCUGUCUUCGGUAGCCUUCACGCGGUAAAAUAAUGUUAUGAUAAAAUUAAUAAAAUGGUGUAUUGGAGCGCAGAGGUUAGGUUAGGUACGGCAGCAGGAGCAAAAUGCUUGAAUGUUUGUGUGCGUAACACGCGACACUCCUAGGUUCUAGAGAAUGCGUAGUUCAAUCUUAAAAUUGCGUUUGAAAAGGAACAAUAAGAAUAUCAUAUUUGUGUAUGCUUGGACUAUUUCUAAUAUAUUUUGCUCACGAGCCUUUUUUGUGGUAUAAAAUGUGUCGUGGCCCGUUCAAAAGAAUAUGUCAUUGGGGCCCGAUUACUGCUUUGGCGAUCAUCAAGGUGAUCACGUUCGCGGCCGUGCACUGCUGCAGCAUGUGGUGGCCGCCGGACGGCUCGGCCGCCGGGUUCCUGCACCUGUGCGUGUUCCUCCUGUUCAGCGGCCUCACCCUCUACCACUUCCUGAGUGCCAUGUACGUGGGGCCCGGGUACCUGCCGCCCGGCUGGAUGCCCGAGGUGACGGAGCAUUGUGAGUUCCUGCAGUUUUGCAACACAUGCGAGGGGUUCAAGGCUCCGCGUACGCACCACUGCAGGAAGUGUGGGCGGUGCGUGCAGAAGAUGGAUCACCACUGCCCGUGGAUCAACAACUGCGUGGGCCACCGCAACCACGCCCACUUCACCGCCUUCCUGUUCUUCGCGGUGUGCGGCUGCCUGCAGGCCACCGUGGUGUUGGGCUGCUCCCUGUACCGGGCCUUGAACCGGGUGUGGUACCUGUACUACGGGACGGGGGCGGAGCCCAUGGUGUACCUGUCCGUGUGGAUGCUUGUGCUGUGCGUCUUCUCGCUGGGGCUGGCCAUCGGGGUGGUGCUGGCCGUGGGCAUGCUCCUCGUCAUACAGCUGCGAGGGAUCCACCGCAACCGGACGGCCGUGGAGGACUGGAUCGUGGAGAAGGCGCGGGCCCGCCGGGGCGCCGCCGACCCCCCCUUCGUGCACCCCUACGACCUGGGCUGGAGGGACAACUGCCGGCAGGUGCUGAGCUGCAGCUGCGACCCCCGGGGCGACGGUCUUAGCUGGCCGGUGCGGGACGGCUGCGACCAGUUCACCAUCACCCGCGAGCAGAAGCAGCAGAAGCUGGAGAAGCGGCAGCGGACGCGGGUGUACACCGUGCACACGCCGUUCUCGGGCGCCUGGUUUCCCGUCUCGCACGGCUGGCAGGUCCUGUGCCACCCGCCGUUCACAGACGAGUCCCGCAUACGCCUGCGCCGCGGGGACACCAUUCACGUCACGCGAUGGAGGAGGCACUGGCUGUUCGGGGAGAAGGUGGCGCCCGGCACAGAGGACGGCUCCGACAGCGCCUCUCGCGUCAGGGGCUGGUUCCCGAGGGCGUGCGUGUGCGAGGUGAUGGACGGCACGGCGGACAGCGCCGACAAGAAGGUGAACUGAGCUGCGUCCCGUCCCGGACGUUCACCGUCACUCGAGCCGACGCGCGCCGUCCGCCCACUGGCUAGUUUCGGUCGGAGCUUCCUAGGCCACGCGUAGCGGCGUCCUGCCAAGUACCCUGGAACCUUCAGCUUGUGUGUCUAGUUUGAAUGCUAAAACCCAGGGGAAAAUAUUUGUAGGCCAAGUAAAACCAAGAGAGUAGAUUAGAAAUUUGAUUUUUUUUUUUUUUUUUUUAAUAACCUUCAAGCUCUUGAUAGUAACUUAUUCUUAGUUCAUAUUAAAAAAAAGACUGCACAAAGUAAGGAAACCUUGUUAUAAGCUCUUUAUAAGAAAUGUGCAGUUUCUUUUAUAAAUUAAAAUAAGGGGGAAAAAAAAAAAAGCCUCAGUUUUGGUGAGGAUAUUCAACAAAUUGUCCAUAACUUAUUGCUGUCCAUCUCGUGUCUAAGUAGGUUUUCCUUGUUGAGCAACCUAAUACGUUUAGUCUUGUCUGGACGCCUUCAUGCUGACUGGCAUCAUUUGAUUUGGCCACGACGCCAGCUUAACAUAGUCCUUUAAAGUCUGAGAAUUGGGUCACAGUUAUUGGUAGGGAGUGUGAUGAGUCAAUUUUUAAGUGCUGAGUUAGUUUAGUUUCAAAUAAGGAAUAUUAUUAUGUACAUAAUAGACAAGCGUGUGUGUGGAUCGAGGAGUAUCUCGUAGUAGCUCAAGUAAUUUAAGGAUGUGGAUUCUUCUGAAAAGUUGGUCACAUUUUGUAUGCUUGAGUACGAUGUAGUGUAUUUUGCUGUGAUGUAAAAGAAACAGUAUUUUAUGUUUUGUAAUAGUGUUUUCGCAAAAAAAAAACCUCUAUUGGAAUAAAAUCAAGUUAUGUA